AUGAUCACUGAUGCGGUAUCCCACUCACUGGUGCCAGAACCUUCUGUCACGCUUCUGGUCACAACUUUUACCAUACAAAAACCUUUGGUGGCUCCCACUGCUUGUGGCUUAAAGCUUAAUCCCCUUAGAGGCCGAGAAAACCCAGCUGCGCGAGCCAAGGUGCGUGCCAAGGCACUGGGGGGGACAGGACGGGCCCGCGGCAGUGGAGACCUGGCGGCCCGGACGCUGCUCGCGGCUCCCUCCUCCGCCUCUAGCUCCCGCGGGCCGGACCUGCCUGGCAGCCCCGCGAGUGGGAGCCCGGCGUCCCCCGACCCUGGAUGCUGUCCAGGCCCCAUUCCGGGCCAGAGCCGGAGAGACCCCGGCCAGGCUCCGUCCUUCCUUCUAGGAGACCCCUUCGCGGAGGGCGCCCUCAGCCUCCGCGCCAUGUUCCUGCUUACCCGCUCCGGCUGCCUCCGGCUCCCUGGUUCAUUCAACAAGAGGUGA